AUGGAGCACCAGCCAGCCAUCGCCUGCAGGUUGGCACCCCCUUGGGAUGCUGACCGUUCUUUGCAGGCACUUGAGCACCUGUUCGCCGGGCGCUACGUCCAGGGCUGGAAGCCUCCUGCGGCCCCACCCUCCCUCCUCAGCCUGGCCAUCUGGGCGCUGAAGAACCGGAGGCCCCCAGCUCCCCCUCACCUCCUGGCUCCCUCUUCUCCCCCAUACCCGGCUCCCCUCCCGGUCCCUGCACCCCCGACCCGCAAGGCCCGGCUGGGCGUGCUGCUCAGCUUUGCGCUGCUGGCGGCCGCCGUGGCCAGCGACUACUGGUACCUCCUGCAGGUGGCGGACGCCGGCAACCACAGCGGCCACGGGCAGCUCUCCUCCCACUCGCGGCUCUGGCGCAUCUGCGAAGGGCAGAACAGCUGCAUCCCCCUGAUUGACCCCUUUGCCAGCGAGAGCCUGGGUGCCUCCACCUUGGUGCAGCGCCUCAUCUCGCUGCCCCGAGCCCUCGUGGUGGUCCUGCCCCUGAGCCUUGUCCUCAUCAUGUGCGGCUGGAUCUGUGGCCUCCUCAGCUCCCUGGCCCGCAUCCCUCUGCUGCUCUGCACGGGCUGCCGCUUCUUGUUGGGGGGCGCCCUGACCCUGGCAGGGGUCAGCACCUACAUCAGCUACUCACACCUGGCCUUUGCUGACGGCCCCCGGCACGUGCAGGACAUCCGCAUCAGCUUUGGCUGGUCUGCGGCGCUGGCCCGGGGCUCCUGUCCCUCAGCGGCACUCAGCGGCAUCCUCCUGCUCACGGCGCCCGCGUCCUCAGCCUGAGCCGCAGCCGGGCGCCCCCCACUCUGUCGUCAUCUGAGUCCCGGGCAGGCAGGUCAUGGGAGAGGGGCUCGGUUUCCCUGUGCAUCUCCUGAGAUUGGGUGGAGGGGGCAGUUCGAGAGAGAAGCAGGUAUCCGGCAGACACCCGCCGUGCCAGGCGCCGUGCUGAGUGCUGCCCGCUCGUCUGCUCUGCUCGUCCAGUCUCCCAAUCGCCCUUCACAGCAGUUACCACUCACCCACUUUACAGAAGGGAGACGGCAGGCGUUGCUGGGGAGGAGACUGAGCGCUGGGGGGCCCUUGGAUUUGCAGGUGCAGGGGGAGCUGAGGGGGCUGGACAGGCCUUUGUUCCCCCUUGUUUUCAAGCCUCUGUCCCUGUCCCGGUGCCGCUACUCCUGCUGA